CGAGAGCUUCGUGAGAGUGAGGGAUUCUUCUGGGAUGCACGCAUUUCUCCGGCAGCUGGGGCCUGAAAGUAAAGUCUGAAAGCAGAUAAAGGGUAGCAAUGGCUGCUGUUUAUUCUGGCAUUUCCCUGAAGCUUAAAAGCAAGACAACUUCCUGGGAAGAUAAAUUAAAACUAGCUCACUUUGCUUGGAUUUCCCACCAGUGCUUUCUUCCAAAUAAAGAACAAGUUUUACUUGAUUGGGCAAGACAGUCAUUGGUUACAUUUUAUAAGAAAAAACUUGAACUGAAGGAAGAUGUUGUUGAAAGGCUUUGGAUCUAUGUAGAUAACAUUCUACAUAGCAGAAAAUUGCAGAAUCUCCUCAAGAACGGAAAGACAAUUAACCUUCAGAUUUCUCUUGUCAAGAUGAUAAAUGAGAGAAUAUCUGAAUUCUCUCUCUCUGGAUGCCAAAAAAACAUGUGCGCUGUCCUGAACUGCUGCCAGGGCAUUCUCUCAACACCUGCCCUUGUUGUCAUCUACCUGGCCAAACAGGAGCUGUUGGUGGCCUUGCUGAGUCACCUUUGCUGGUCAGCCUGCAGGCAGCCAGAAAACGCAGUGACAGCUCAGCUAUUUGAGGUCAUUCACCUGGCCCUUAGCCAUUACCUCUCAAUACAGCAACAGCAAGGCAACCCCCGACGUGUCUUUGUGGAUGUGACUGGGCACCUGCUGCAGCCUUGCCUGGUCCUGAGGCACUUGCUCUCUGGGGGUACAUGGAUACAGGCCCGGAUGCGGCAGGUGUUAAGCCGGGAUGUCAGGAGUCAGAUUGAGGCCAUGCUCCAAGGUGGACUUUUUCGGCCGGAUCUGCUUUCAUCCUAUGAAGAAGAGCUCUUGGACCAGCAGCAAAGUGACUCAAAGAUGGGAGCCAUGAAGAAUCUUCUUGCUCCUCUGGACACUGUGAUUACCAGACUGAUGGGUGCUGAUUUCUGCGAACCACACCUUCAUGCCUCUGUGGUGACCAGCUCAGUGGCCCUGCUGUAUAAGCUCUUUCUGGACUCUUACCUCAAAGAGGGAAACCAGUUUCUCUGCUUCCAGGCUCUCCCCAGGCUGUUUGGCUGCCUGCGAAUUUUACGCCUGCCGGAGGAGCAGCUGAGAGACCUGUCCACAUCAGAGUGGACCACAGAACUCCUGGUUGUAGAGCAGCUGCUAAACCUCGUGGCCAGCAACAAUAUCUACAAUGUGGCUGCUGAUAGGAUCCGGCAUGAGGAGGCACAGUUCCGCUUCUACCGGCGAUUGGCAGAGCUGCUGAUAAACCACUCUCAGGCACCCGUGCCAGCCUGGUUCCGCUGCCUCAAGAUUUUGAUAUCUUUAAAUCAUUUGAUUCUGGAGCCAGACCUGGAUGACCUGUUGUCUUCAGCUUGGAUCGAUGCAGAAGUAACAGAGUUUCGAGCCAAGAAAGCCCAGGAGGUGCUUAUUGACACCCUUUUUCAGACGUAUGCAAAACUCCGACAGGUGCCACAGUUAUUUGAGGAAGUUUUGGGGGUGAUAUGCCGUCCAGCUGCUGAGACACUGAGGCAGCCUGUGCUGACUUCAGGCCCCUCCACAGUGCUCUGUGCCUGCCUUCUGGAGCUGCCACCGAAUCAGAUCCUGGACACAUGGGCCCUUGUACUGGAGAAGUUCCAGUCUGUAGUCCUGCCCUACUUGGAGAGUGAUGUUGACAUGGCUCUGAAGUCUUGCUCCCUGAGUUCACUGCUGCACUGCAUCAUGUUCAACAUGCGGAGUCUAGACAGCAACACACCCUUGCCCAUCGUCAGGCGGAUGCAGUGUGUAAUGGAGAGGAUGCUGGGCAAACUUGUGAAGCCCUUGCUGGCCCUUCUCUGUGGCUCCCCAGGCCCAGAACCUGAGCUGUGGAUGCAGAAGGUGAGUGAUUCUGCACUUCUACUCUCUUACACCUGGGUGGAGGUGGACGCCAUGCUCAGUUUGAACUGUGGCCAAUAUCACUCUGUGGCUGAGGACCUGAUCAAGGGUGCUCUGAAGGUCUCAAACCUUCCUUCAUUGCUCCUAGGUUUGGAAGCACAGCAUUGGAAGAAGGUCGAGAAGAUUAUAGCUCAGUCCAACUCUCUUAGUCAGUAUUGUUUAAAACAGCUCUACUUGCAGAAGAUGAAAAGGACUUUACUACAGGCUAGUCCUCUGUCUGAGGAAGUCCUCUGUACUUUGCAGUAUGAUGCUGCCUACAUCCUUGGUUCUGCCAGAGACAGUCUGAGUCAGAAGACAAUGGCUUCCUGGGAUGGGCAAGUGGGGACAGUGUGUGCAUCCACAUACCCUAUAGCACACUGGCACUUGAUUGUGUCUAAUCUCCCAAUUUUAAUACCGUACCUGUGUCUGGAAGAUGUAAGGUAUAUGGCUAGUAUCCUGUUAAGAACUUUAUCAACAAGCCAAGCCCAGGAAGGCUCAGCAGAUGAAGAGGCGUGUAUCACACUUGAGAAGAUAUCCACAGCUCUCCUUCAUAGCCCUCUCUUUCCAGAGAUGCAGUCCCUCCAUUCUGCCUUCCUGAUGUGCUUAGUUGCAAGAUGUUCUAGCAUUCUAUGCUCUGGUGACCAGGGUCUUCUCAGUCAACAGUUACCUUGGCUCUUUGGGAAGGAUGACACAGUUAUGGCUCAUUGGGAAACUAGGUUUGCAAAAGCUGGACCUGAGGGUGUAGAACCAAGAGGAGAAAUUGCCCAGAGCUUACUCUCCCUGGUCAAGAGUGACUUCCUCAUCCAUUUGGAGGAAGAACAGCUGGAAAGCCUCCUGAGGCUUUUGCAAAUCAUUUCUACUCUACACCUGGACAGCCUGUUAGCACCCUACCAUGUCCAUUAUUUUCUGUUGUUGUUGUCCAUGGCUGUUACCACAGUGGGGUACUCCUGUUCCUCCUUGGACCUACAGUUCUUGGUGACAUGCUACCGGCUUCUCGGCUGUCUUCAGAGGGGAAGGAGUGCCCGCUCUGUAUUCAGGGUCCUGUAUGUUAGUGAUGUAUUUGAGAUUGUGCUGACAUCAUUGCUGCAAGUCAGUAGCAGACUUCCUAUUGAGGUAGAUGAUCCCAUGUGGCUGCAUCUCCUCCAAGUGGUAGGGACAUUUUUGGAGCAGCUGAUGCAGAUGCUUAUCCAGUUAAAGCUGAGUUUGGUGCUCAAUUUUGGGAAAAUCACUGCCUUCCUCUCAAGGUGCAAAUUGUACACCAAGGCAGCUUCCACUAAGCAGUUGGAAAACCAGAUUCCUUUGGGCAGCCAGCUGGUUUUGGUGUCCCUAACCAAACUGUGCCAAGUCCUAGGGCCUUUUGUCGGAGAGCGAAGGCAGCCACAGGAGGCACCCGCAGUGCUGCCUGAGCUCCUGCAGCAGGCUUUGCUCCAGAUGGGCGCUGCACUGCGGCUGUGUUUCAUGUCAGGGGCUGGGGGCUGCUGCUUGCCCUCAGCUGCCCUCUUAGCCAUCACCGCACUCUUAGAAGUAGACCUGAGUCAGCACUACAAGGACAGAGUGGCUGAGACAGACAGGACACUGCCCUCCCAUGUGGCCCUCUACCAGGAUGUCCAUGCUCAGCUGCUGUCAGAGUUGCCAGCCCUCGUAGGGGAUGCUCAGUCUUUCCAGGCAGCCUUGCGGUUCCUAACUCUGUUCUUUUCAGCCCCAGAGCUCCAUCCCAAGAAGGGCUCAGUGUUCACCUCCGUGUUUCACUCUGUGAGAAGAGUUCUUGCAGUUCCUGAAGUUCCUGCUCAGAUAGCUCAGGAUUUGGAGCUUGACUUGGGAGCCCUCUUCGCCCAAAUGCUGGAGGCUGGAACGACAGAGGACUUGGCACUGGUGAUACGGUCUGUGCUCCAGGGACUGGAUGUUGGCUGUGCUUGGAGGGCAGACCUGCAGGCUGUUUUGUCUGCUGUUAGGUUGCUCAAGCUGCUACUGAGCUGCCCACUGAGAGGAGAGAAAGCGAGUUUGUUGUGGCGUGCAUGCCCACAGAUUGUCACAGCUCUGACGCUGCAGAACCGAGAGGCUUGUGAGGAGCAGCCUGUGGCGCUUGCACGGGUCAUACCUAUUCUCGAUGUCCUGGCUGCUCUGUUGCGGCAGGGAGAGGAUGCCAUCAGCAAUCCCCACCACGUCAGCCUGGCCUUCAGCAUCCUGCUGACCGUCCCCCUGGACCACCUGAAGCCACUAGAGUAUGGGAGCGUCUUCUCUAGGAUGCACAACCUGCUCUUCUCAGUACUGCAGUGCCAUCCCAAGGUGAUGCUGAAGGCCAUUCCAUCUUUUGUGAACUGUUUCAAUAGACUGGUAUUUUCUGUGAUGCAUGAAGGUCGGCAGAAGGACAAAGGGAGCACGGAUGACCUGCCAGUGGUCCUUGAAUGUGCACGCCUGGUGGAGAGGAUGUACAGUCACAUCACUGCACGAGCUGAGGAGUUUGCUGUGUUUUCUCCAUUUAUGGUGGCCCAGUAUGUAACGGAGGCACAGAAGGUGACCCUGUACCCAGCUGUGAGAGACUUGCUGCAGGAGGGCAUUUACCUCAUCCUGGAUCUGUGCACUGAGUCUGAUAUCCAGUUCCUGCGGGCCUCACUGCAGCCCGGAGCUAGAGACGUCUUUAAGGAGCUGCACAGUGACUACCUCAAGUACCACAAGGCCAAGCAGGAAGGAGAGAAAAGAUACACUGCCUAGCUGGGAGCAUUGCCAAUGAGGAGUUAAACAGCAUCUACCCAACAUACCACAAGGCUGAGCAGGCUAAGAGGGAAGACAGCACCUAGCCAGGCCGUAGAAACACCUCAGGGCCCCUUUGCCAAGACUUUGGCGCAUUGGUCUGAGAGCCUUGGAGGGAGAAGACCUCAGAUGCUCUGAUGCGCAGAGCUGACAUGUGAAAAGCCUUUUGGGGCUUGAAUAUUUUUAUAGCUUGUUCUCCUCACUAUUUUUUAAUACAUCUUUUUUAUAAUCAUUUGUUUUUUAUGGUGCUAGGGAUUUGUCCAAGGUUCUUGUGCCUGCUAAGCAUGUGUUUUACCGCUUGAGCUACACUCCUAGCCCUAGUAUAUCUUUUUAUAAGUAAUUAUAUAUUAGAAUUCUGAAACUGGGCCCUGGAAUGGGAAUUGUUAGCUCUUAUAACCAUGCCCUGCAGAGCUCUUGGCCUGGGUUGGUGUUGCUUUUCCCCUCUCCUGGCCAGGAAUGAUAGAGAAUUUGGCAUUUUGCUUCCAGUCUGCAAUUAAAUGCUAUUUAAAUACAUCUGACCUUUAAAUUCUCAAGUAGCAUGGGAGGCAUUCUCAAGAUGCCACUUUUUUGCCUUUACUGUGAGAUCCUCUGAUGGCACUGGGGAUAGCUGCCUAGCUCUAGGUCAGGUGGAUCCUCCUAGCAGAGGUGCCUGUGCUCCUGCCUGCUCUUCCUGCUUCAGUCUGUGAAGCUUAUUUUGGAAUUUUUUUCUCUUCAGUUGAAGAAAUCAUUUUAAUUAUUUAAUCUUACCACCUAAGCAAUAUAUUUUCACUGUAGCAACCUAAGAAAAUAAAAAUAAAAGGGAAAACUUUCAAAAACUGCUCAUGUUGUCCCCUUCUCAGAUGACCUUUGCUGUCACUCCGAGUGUCUUGUUUUGGAUCAUUUGCUGUGCAGGUAUGUUGAUGUAUGGUGUAUGUAUGCAUAAUGAGCUGAAUUGAUCAAGAUGCAUUUUUAAAGUUAUCUCACAUUUUCCUGUGUAAUACAGUAUAUCAACAACAUCUUUGGGUCAAUAAAGACACUUGGUAUAUA